AUGGGCCUUGAAAGAGACAACGGAGGAGGUCACCUGGUCAGUGUGGUGUUACUCACCUUGCCACUGCAGCACCUGGUCAGACUGUACCUGUACAUACUGACAGUCGUGCUGCUGUACGCUGGGCACCAGAGCUCCAGGAAUUACGUUCUGCGUGAGAUGGAAUACGGGUACGAAGGGGCUGUACACAGGGAUACAGCAGCUCUGCAGCGGUUUCUCACAACUUUAACAGGCCAGCUCCUGGUUUGCUCUCUCUGCACUUUCUUUAUGAGGACCAGACAGUUGUGGCUGUUCUCGGCCCACCUGCUCCCAUUGCUGGCCAGGGUCUGUAUGGUGCCCCUCUCCACCCUGCUGCUCCUCAGCAAACUGGCCUUUGUCUUCAGUAGCCUCGAGGUGCUCCUUUUCCUCACCUCGAACAUGUUCGUCCCCUAUUACCUGGCCAAGGCUGGCUAUCGGGAGGUCAUGCAGGAAGUGGAACUAUUCGGUUUCCUGUCUCUGGGACUAACCUUGUGGAACCGCUUUGUGAUUCCCUCGCUCCUCACUGUGUUCUGGCUGGUGUUGUUCGCCACACAGCUCUACUUCUACCUCUCAUCCCAUGCCCAGAACUCUUCACACGAAGGGCUCGUCUUCAUCUUCCUCACCAGUGUGGCUGAGUGCUGUGCUACCCCGUACUCUCUGGUGGGUCUGACCUUCACUGUCUCCCGGCUGUCUCUGGGAUUGCUCGCUCUAUGCAAGUUCUAUCUACAGGGAUUCUCUGCGUUCGUAAACGAGAACCUCAUGCACAGGGGGGUGACCGAAGGCAUUACCUUCCUGCUGCUGGCCCUUCAGACGGAGCUGAUGAUGCUGCAGGUCCUCCAACGCACCUUCCUCCUCAGCAUCAUCCUCUUCAUCAUCGUGGCCUCAGUCCUGCAGUCAAUGCUGGAGAUUACCGACCCCAUUGUCCUGGCACUGGGAGCUUCCAGGAACCGAACUUUCUGGAAGCAUUUCCGUGCUGUCACCAUGUGCCUGUUCCUGCUCCUGUUCCCCUCCUACAUGGCCUACAAGAUUUCACACUUCUUUCAGAUGGAUUUCUGGCUCCUCAUCAUCGUCUCCAGCAGCGCUCUGACAGCACUCCAGGUGACGGGGACUCUCUUUAUCUACGUUCUCUUCAUGACUGAGGACUUGCGGCAGGACUCCGCGGAGAGCAUCGACGAUGUGAUUUACUAUGUGAACAGCGGGUGCUGUGUGCUGGAGUUUGUGGUGGCAGUGUGCGUGGUGGGGUACGGGGCAGCCGAGUCGCUGUGGGGAGAGUGGAGCUGGAUGGGAGCCUCCGUUAUCGUGGUUCACUCCUACUUCAACGUGUGGCUGCGAGCGCGCUCCGGCUGGAGCAGCUUCCUGCUGCGUCGAGAGGCCUCACGGAAAAUCAGUGCCCUCCCCCAUGCCACCCCUCACCAGCUCACACAGCAUGCUGACGUGUGUGCCAUCUGUUAUCAGGAGUUGAGAAGUGCCGUCAUCACCAAAUGUGGCCAUUACUAUCACUCCUCAUGUCUCCGCAAGUGGCUUUAUGUGCAGAAAACCUGCCCCAUGUGCCACCAGCCCAUCAAACCCACUGUCCCGGGGGAGGGGCUGGGGGCCCCUCAGCAGGCCGGGGCCGUAGAGCAGCCUGAAGCCCCUCUGCCUGCUGAGGGGGGAGGGGAGGCUGAGGGAUUGGUGGAGAGGCCUCGCCAGCAAACUGGUGCUGAGGACCCGGGGCCCAGAGCCGGAGGAGAAGCCUGUGGCUGGAUUUCGGACGCUACCCGCGAUGAGACACAGGAUUUCCUGAAGGAAGCAGCGGGAACGCUGGAACGGGACGGGGAAGAGGAAAGAAACAGGAGGGUGGAAGAGGUGGUGUUCCUGUCGGUAACUGAGCAGCAGCCUGCGAGCAUGUCGCUGGGCCUCAAACCUGAACCCAGGGAAAACCGGGAAAGGGACACGGAGGCUCGGAGUUCCCAGCGCAGGGUUAAUCCCAUUCCUGUUGAGCCUGACGAAAGUCGGGAAUGGUCCCAUCUCUCCGGACGGCCCGGCCUCUCAGGAGCAAUCCCGGAUUCUGAAGACAAUCGUUCCCAGGACAGAUGAUCCUGAUUUUUUUUUUCUUUUCAGACUUUUAGCACAAAAAAACUCUUAACGUGUGUGGGUGUGCGUGUGGGUAUGUGUGUGGGGGGCGCACAGGAGGAGAGGGAGAGAGAGGGAGUGGAAGAAUGGAGAGAGAGGAGAUUGGGGGGAGACAGAGUGUGAGGAAAGAGG